UCGUGCUGACGAAGAGUAGCAUGGCAUAUGACAAUGGUGGCGGAGGUGGGGAGGUGCGUGGGGAGGUGCCUGUGCUCAAGGUGACGAGCAAGGGCGAGGUUGUGGCGCUGGAGGCGGCGGUGGAAGCGAGCACGGUCGACGGCUUCCUUCUCAAGCGCGGCGGGACGGUGAUCAAUCGGUGGCAGAAGCGGCGGUUUGUACUCGCCAACGGCUUGCUGUACUACUUUGGGCGAAAUGCAAACAAGUCGCGCGGCUCGAUCGAGCUGGCGGGCUGCAAGGUGGUCGACGGGCACGCCCGUAAGCGGUUCGGCAUUGCCAUCCAUCAUCCGGCCGGUAGGGUCUAUCUCCUCGCCGCUCUCUCGGCCGGCUCGAAGCGAGCUUGGCUCCGAGCACUGGUGGCCUGCCCUGGAGUGGCCCUCUCGCGUGCAUCGGUCCUUCCAACCGACUGCGGUGCGGCGGUCGGCGACGUACCAGGCGCGCGCGGCCUGUACAACAUAGGCAACACGUGCUACCUCGCGGUGGUUGUCCAGCUCAUCUCGCUCAUUUCUGAGCUCUCGGCCUUUCUCCGCGACAACGACGCAGUAUCUGCCGAGCUGAACGAGACCAACGUGCUCGGCUAUGGCGGUAGGGUCGCGCGCAGCGUGGCUGCACUGAUGCAGUCCCUGUGGGCCGAAGCUGCGGCGUUGCCGGCCACCGACGACGCGAGCGCACCUGUCGGCAAGACCAAGGGCAGGGUUAAGGCCAAGGCCAAGGCCAAGGCCAAGGCCAAGGACAACAGCGGCGGUGGCGGAGCAGCGGACAACGAGGAUCUGGCGCCGCCGGCGGCGCUCGACCCGUCAGAAUUCAAGGAUGUGGUGGCGCGGGCGGCAUCGCAGUUUGCCGGCUACCAGCAGCACGACGCACAAGAGUUUCUCUGCUGGCUCCUUGAUGCGCUCCACGAGGAUCUCAACCGAGUGCAAGUCAAGGUGGCGGUGCCUGUGGCGGAGGCUGUGGCUGGCGAGAGCGAGGAGGCGCUCGCUGCGCGAGCGUGGCACGGCUACCUGCUGCGGAACAAGUCGAUUGUGGUCGAUCUGCUGCAGGGUCAGCUGCGGUCUCAAGUGUCAUGCGGCAAGUGCGGCUUUGCGUCGGUCACCUUUGACCCGUUCCAGUACUUGACGGUCCCGAUUCCGGCCAAGCAAACGGUCAAGGUGCCGUGCGUCCACUGCGCGGCGACCAACGCGUCGUCGUGGCCGAUCACCUCGCUCUGCUGCACGGCAUGCACCAAGCCAUUCUCAAUCUCACUCGACACGCUGCCGACGCCGAGCCUCGACGAGUGCCUGGAGCUGUUCUGCAAGCGCGAGUCGCUGACCAAGGGCAACCAGUGGUACUGCCCCAAGUGCGAGACGCAUGUCGACGCGACCAAGCAGGUCUCGCUCUAUAAGACGCCCCCGUUUCUGCUCAUUAUUCUCAAGCGGUUUGCGGCGGUCCGGUCGGGUCGGCGUGGCAAGGUCCACCUUCCGGUCUCGUACCCGGUGGAGCUCGAUCUCUCGCACAUUGUCUCGUCGCCGCAGCCGAGCGAGCCGCGGUACGAGCUUCGCGGGAUGCUGGAGGAGCAGCUUCAGUCGCGCGACGCGUACAUCCUUCUCUACGCGCCGCCCGGCACCAACGCCGCCACCGGCGCUGCGCCUGCCACCCGGCCUCGGCGGCAGACCAUUUCCAAGCCAUCGUCGUGGCCGCACGCCAUAGGCCCGGAGCUUGUGGCGGCGUUCAAGGACCGCUACGAGCCGAUUGAUCCAUGCCAGGUCGGGCACGCUGUCGACUCUGACGGUGGCGGCGCCGAAGCCGCGGACCUUGACUCGGGCGCAGCGUCGUCGUCAGCUACGGUUAUCGCCACCACUGAGCCUGGCGAUCGAUCCGGCAAAGCAGACGACGAUGACGACGACUGCCGUGAUGGAGCUCAUCUCCCAGAUGCCGCCUCUGCGUCGACGAGCAUGUCGUCGACGUCGUGA